UAAAUACAAUGAGAUGAAGCCCUAGCAAGAUACAGCCCACUCUUUGUCUCUCUCUCUCUCUCAAGUCGUCUCUGUCUCUCACUCUCUCAAACUCAACAUCUCUCUCUCAAUCUCAACGGCUCUCUGCUCUGACCUCUCACCUAUCUCUCACUCUCAACGACUCUCUCUCUCUCUCUCUCUCUCUCUCUCUCUCUCUCCCUAGUCGAGUUUGCCCGAGUUUGCCCGACUCAAACGAGUCAAACCCUCCAUUACGUUCAGCGAUUUGUCUCUGAAACUCGACGGCUGAGGUCGUUUCCGGUGACAGACACGUACGGCGAGUUUCCGUUUCUGGUCACAGACAUCAACAGAUCUGAUAUUUCCCUCUCCACACGUCAACAGGAGAUGGAUCCUGAAAACAUUCAUUUUGACAAUGAGGAUUUAAACUCUGACUUGGAUGAUGAAAUCAAGCCGUGCAUUUUGCAGUUUAGAAGUAACGGGUGUCAUGGGUCAGUUGUUGAUGAUUCGAGCAAGAUAAACUAAAAAGCAGUGCACUUUCAGUUGAAUCUAGCUUGUGUAAAAUUCGGUGUUGUAAUGUACUAAUGCAUAGUAUUAUGUUUGUAGUACCAACACAAGCUUCCCAAAUAAAUUCCAAGACAAAGGACUAAACAAAAUCCAAAUCCUGGGAUUAUUUCUCAUUAUUCAACUUGUACAGGACAUUAUCAUCAUCCAUCAUUGAAGGAAUUUAUUUAAAAUGGCACGACUUAAAACGGCUCGGACCCGACACGACUAAGUAAACAAGCCGGCAAGUCUUGACACGAUCGAAAAUAGCACGGCACGACACGAUUUAAGAAAAUGGGCCAGCACGACACGACGCGAUUGAAAACGGCACGGCACGACACGAUUUAAGAAAAUGGGUCGGCACGACACGACAUGAUUUAAGAAAAUGGGUCGGCACGACACGACACGAUUGGCAAACAGCACGGCACGACACGAUCCGAUUUAAGUAAACGGACCGGCACGGCAUGACACGAUUGCCAAAUGGCAUGGCACGACACGAUUUGAGUAAAUACUGUAAACGGGCCGGCACGAAGCACGGAGUUAAACGGGCUGUGAUGUGCCGUUUGACACAUCUACCCACCACCACCACCACCGCUCCUACCACCACCUACACAACUCCACCACCACCACUCCACCACUACCGCCACAACCACCACCACCGCCACUACCAUCACUACACCCCACCACCGCUCCUACCACCACUUCACCACCUCCACCACCAUCACCACCACUCCACCGCCACUGCCACUCCACCAACCACCACCACCACUUUACCACAACCACCACCACCACCACCAUCAUAUCACCACCACUAGCUCCACCACUCCACCACCACCACCACCACCACCACCACCACCACCAUCAUUACACCACCACCACCGCUCCUACCACCACUUCACCACCAUCACCACCAUCACCGCCACUCCACCACCACUACCAUCACUACACCACCACUCCCACGCAAUGUUCCAAAAAGCGCUCGGCGCUAGGCGGGCGGCCGACCACCUUCAAGCUUCGAGACCUAUUAAUCGGCCAUUAAUCGCCUUUUAGCAAUUAGUCGGUUUUUUUUUUUUUUAAAUAUUCUACAACCUCCCUAUCAUCAAUAAUCACAGUUUUUCUAGUUGAUGUGAUAUAUCUUCUCUACCAUCAAUACUUACUAGUUACUACACGUCUACCGGUCUACACGGCUACGGCCUACACCAAACGGUCCAAACCAUAAAUUUACAAUACUACACUACUCUGCUACUCAGACUCAAGUGUUAAAUUUUGUAAAAAAAAAUACUACUCACUACAGAGAGG